CCGAGCUGGAGUGGUAAUAAACGUAUGCGGCCUUGUGUGUUGGUCCGUAAGCCGAAGUUUACUUCAUCAACUAUCGUCCAUCUUGUUGCAUCACCCUUGCUUUCAUCAUUUAAACCAAAUCAAAGAUGGCUACCAACUACCAGUCUUCCAAGGAAACCACAAAUUUUGCACGAAUUUGCAGGGUGGUCAUUGAUGUCAUCCCAGACUUAUUGCGAGAUUUGCUCAACACUCGGUUGCCAUUAUCAGGACUAUCUGCAGUACUUACCACCCAGAAAAGGAAGAUCUUUUCUGGGUUGAAGCAACAUCAAAAGAACAUUCUGUAUCCUCAAGGUGGGGGGUAUCAAGGUUCUGUGAAGGAUUUGGACACAUCACUUCUUUACAUCCUUCUAAGAAACAUUGGAAAUAUUCCACCUCAUCAGAAUGGUUGGGGGAAGGUACCGGGUAUAGCAGACAGAUCGCUGUCAGCCAACAUCGACCGUCUACGUGAGCAGCGCAAUGAGGCUGCACAUGCACCCAAUGGCUCCCUUUCUGAUGGAGAUUUUCAGGCUAGGUGGGACAUCAUCCGCCAAAGUGUGGAGGAAAUACAAAACGGUGAACUGAAUACAGUGUUGUUUGUAGUGGCAGUGGAUGAUAUACUUACCAUGGAGAUGGACCACAGAAUGACAAAUAAAUACAUCGCGGAACUUCUAUUGGAUAUAAAAGAUGAUGUCGGCAAAGUCAAGGAUGAUAUCCAUGCCACGAAGGAAGAUGUCAAAACCUUGAAGGACGAUUCAAGUACUAUGAAGGACGAUGUUGGUGAAGUGAAGAAGGAUGUUGGUGCCAUGAAGGAGGACAUCGGCGCCACAAAGGAGGAGGUUGGUGCCGUAAAGGAAGAUGUUGGUGCCAUGAAGGAGGAUGUUGGUGCAGUAAAGGAAGAUGUUGGUGACGUAAAGGAAGAUGUUGGUGCCAUGAAGGAGGACAUCGGCGCCACAAAGGAGGAUGUUGGUGCCGUAAAGGAAGAUGUUGGUGCCAUGAAGGAGGAUGUUGGUGCAGUAAAGGAAGAUGUUGGUGCCUUAAAGGAAGAUGUUGGUGCCAUGAAGGAGGAUGUUGGUGCCGUAAAGGAGGAUGUUGGUGCCAUGAAGGAGGAUGUUGGUGCUGUAAAGGAGGAUGUUGGUGCCGUAAAGAAGGAUGUUGGUGCCGUAAAGAAGGAUGUUGGUGCUGUAAAGAAGGAUGUUGGUGCUGUAAAGGAGGAUGUUGGUGCUGUAAAGGAGGAUGUUGGUGCUGUAAAGGAGGAUGUUGGUGCCGUAAAGGAGGAUGUUGGUGCCGUAAAGGAGGAUGUUGGUGCCGUAAAGGAAGAUGUUGCUACAGUUAGGGCCGAUGUUAGUUCAAUGAAGGACAAACUGAACACCCUGCCAACAGGCACGAGUCACAUCAAAGAUAGGGAUCCUAAGCUAACAGCUAUGAUAGAAAGAACCACAGCCAUGAUAUUGAAAGAAAAAGACGAAUACAAGUUCUUUCCUACCAAAAGUCUCCAGGAUGCCUACGAUAAACUAAUGAAGAACAGCUUGGUGGUAAUUAAGGGAAAUUCUGGAGACGGGAAGACAUCCAUUGCCUUUGAACUUCUCCGUCGGCUGUGCUAUAAUGAGGAGGGGCAACAAUGUCGACAGCCACUAGAACUGCAUGAUAUCAAAGACUUGGAUUAUGUGACCCCAGAGUCACAAUUAGUUAUUUAUUUAGAUGAUAUCUUUGGGAAGAAUGUUGUGUGUAGACAAGAUGUGGAAGAAUGGGAGAAAAGAGAAAAAUAUGUUAUUUCAAAUUUUUGUGGAAAUGAGCACACAGAGGGCAAUUUUCUAAUCGUUGCAAUUCGCAGUGGAAUUUCAAAUUCUUUGACUGGUUCUUGCUCAGAAAAGGUAUUCACUAAACAAAACAUUGUUGACCUUAACAUAGAUGCAAAAGAAAAACUGGAAUUGUUAAGGUUGUACAAACCAAAAGUUAGUUUUGACUCAUGGAAAGAUGAUGAAGAGAAGGAAAUUGUCAAGUGUGCUCCUGACAUUGGGUUUCCACAAUGCUGUAGGUUGUUCAGAGAUUCACCUACUUUGCAAACGGAGAGGGUCAAUUUUUUUAAAAGACCCUUUGAUUUUCUGAAAUCUUCAUUAUCUAAAUUGGAAGACGGAAAAUGUUAUGGUCUGAUGUAUCUGUUCCUUAACGGAGGCAAAGUUAUGGAAGAUGAUUUAGACUCUAACAAUGAAAAUAUUGAUGAGAAAUUAUUAGAAGCAGCAUUUAAAGAUGAUGUAGUGGAAGUUACCCCAACAACAGAGCUUGUUUACAGUAAGUCUAAGGGGAGGAAAAUAGAAUUUGUGAAGAAGUCGUUAGAUUGUCUGUUGGGCUGGAUGGUGAAAAAAGAGCCUAACAACGAACAAAGAGUUUGUUACCAAUUCAACCAUGACUCCAUUGAGGAAACUCUGGCCCUUUUGUAUGGAGAAAAAACUCCCAUUGGCUACAUACAGAAUUGUCCCAGCAAGUUUCUCAGUUAUGUAACUACCUCAAAAACCACUCCAAACAAAGUAGUUAUAUCAUCUGAUAAUCAGUACAAUGUCAUGUAUAAACGUUUACUUGGAGAGUUUGAAUCUGUCUUCUCCAGUAACUCUGACCAAAAAAGUCACUGGUUUUAUAGUAAAUAUAGUAAAUAUCAUUCUAUAACUUCAUUAGAUGUUUGGACAGAUAUUCAGUUUCUGCAGGGAUUUAUCACAUGGCUAAUUAUGAGUGGUCAGAAUGUUGGCAAAAGCCUAUUCUGUAAGAUAAAAUUUGCUUGUGUUAGAUGCAAAAGUCGUCAGAAUGAUGACAAAAACUUGUGCCAUGUGAUAAAGCUUGCCUUGUUGAAUGGAGCAUGUUCUUCUGGUUCAGAAGAUUGUGUUUUAUUCCUCCUGUCGGAGGGUGUGAAACCUGACAAGGAGACACCGUUUUGUGUGGUAGAGCAAGGGAGUGUGAGUAUGUUAUGUAAACUACUGGAGUAUGACGUCACUCAGACAGCGAGGUUAUACGAGACACGAUCACCACAUCAAACUAGUAAUAUCAAUGUCCUACAGGAGGCGUGUUUGUUUGAGAGAGAAGAGAUGGUGACCAUAUUGUGUAACACUUACCCACACUUGGUACACGACACUGAUGACGAGGGACGAAGCACGCUCCAUCUUGUGGCAGAGACAGGAAACUGUGAUAUAUUUAAAACAGUGGAGAGGGUUGCACUUGCAUCCUUGUAUAAAGAUAAGGACGAACAACAUAAGUGUGAGACAGUAGAAGGUCGUGUGGUGCACAGGAAUUGUGUGUGUGCUCAGUACAUGUGUCAGUUAGUGAAUAAGUGGAGAAAAACAGUGUUACAUUCUAGUUGUAUGAUGGGACACAUUGAGGUUUGUAAAUAUCUGUGCGAGUCGUACCCAGCACUAACUACAGCUGUAAAUAAAACCGGGAAAACAGUGUUACAUUGGCUGUAA